UUAAAUUCCGGAGAUAGUAUUGUUAUUACUCUUCCAUUUGCUCUGAAAAAGACUUCAAAUAUUUUCAAUAAACAUGGUUAUGUUGGAUCCACCUGUGCAGGUACUGCGGUUGGUCCUGUGGUAUAUGCAAAUUACGGGUGUGUGGAGGAUUACGCAACGUUAAGAGAAAUGGGAGUUAAUGUAUCGAAUACUAUUGUAUUGGCUAGAUAUGGGAAGAUAUUCAGGGGAGACAUUGUACAUAAUGCUUAUGAUGCGGGUGCGAUAGGGGUGUUAAUUUUUACUGAUAAGAAGGACUAUGGCGGCGAAAGAUGGUUUCUGGAUAAUAAGUGGAUGCCACCAAGUGGAGUUCAAGUUGGAUCGGUGUAUGAUGGAAUUGGUGAUCCUACAACACCGGGAUGGCCUAGUACCGGUGAAUGUGAGAGAUUGUCGGACGAGGAAGUGGCGAAUGAAGGGAAUGUACCAUUGAUACCUUCUUUGCCGAUUUCAUGGGCUGAUGGAGAUGCAAUCAUAAGGACUAUCGGUGGAAAAGUUGCGAAUGUGCAUUGGCAACGAGGAGAAGAUAGUCCUAUUUAUAGAGUUGGACCAGGACCUGUGAUGGCAGAUCUCAGUUAUGAA